UACAUCACUUUGCAACAUUUUGCUGUACACUACGUUCAUUGAGCAAAGUGUUUAACUCUCUCAACAGUAAUUGUUAGGCUUCAGGCGAAAUGAUUUUGUCCGUUCACUCAUGUAUCAAAAUGAUGAAGUGCUGUUCUUCACAGGGCUGUGCGCCUGUUUCUGCAGUUUGACUUUAUUAAAUGUAACACUAUGGAUUAUCCUAGUCACAGUCACACACUGACUUAAUUAGCGGUUUAAAAACAUCAAAUACAUGUCUAAUUCACCUUUCACUCAGUCAAACCAAUGAAGUCAAGGCAGCAGUGCUCGGUGGACAGACCAAAUGUCAUGUGGACUUAAAUCAGCUACCCAAGGCAGAUAAAUUAUAUGAGGAAGGGGCAUAAAUGAGAAAGAAAGUAGGUUAAGUCAGACUGAUGGAAGGUCCAAGCAACAGUUUAAUUAUUGCAAGGUGACAGGGAAAAAAAGCAAGUAAGAGUGACAGAAUGAGAUUGAAUGAAAUGGAAAGGAACUGAAUGAAAAUGCUAUGAGAGCGAGACUGGCAGGCUAAUGCAAGGAGAGGAAACGUAAUCUUGAUUUGAUUCACUGGCAAAUGAAUAGAAUCGAGCACAGAGAGAGAGGGAGAGAGCUUGGAGACUUUUUAAAUCCUCAGGCUUUGUUCUCUGAUAGCAAGAAUGCAAGAAUGGGGAUGUAUUUGCUGGGACUGCAGGGAGCUUGUUUGGUGGGCAACAGCUCGUCCGUGCACAAAAAGAGUAAGAGGCUUGGGUUAGAGGAAAGAAUGAUUCUUAGAACAUUUUCGUUUAAGCACUUCUCUUUUGAUGUUUGGGUUACGUGUCUCCAAUUACAGGGUUGUAACUAUUUUGGUCAAGGGAUCCUCAUCCUGUUGUACUUGUGUAUGAUGAGGUGACUUCAGGAAGAAAACUACAGUACACAUUCAUGGUUAUGAAAAACAAGGGUAAUAACAUGGUAAAACAUUACAUUGAAGCAUUGUCUAUAUGUACUUGUUAACACUUGUCUAUGCGUAUAUGUAGUUGUUAUGGCGUUCCUGGAAAAUAUUCACACAAGAUUUUUUUCCUACCUCAAACUGCACCAUGUAGUUACAUUGUUGUGCAAAUUGUUCAAAUCCAAAUAUGUCUCCUCUCCAAUCCAUGGAGGUGUCCCAUAUCAAGCUUGCUUCCAAAAGACUAAUUCAUUCAUGGCUUAUUGGCAUGACUGAUGCCAGCAUAACAAUGAUGCCAGCAUAGAAAAUGAUGAAGAACGUCUUAUCUGCUUUUCUGUCUGCAUUUGAUAUGUCUGUCUGCAAUAUUUCGGCCGGCCUCACUUGCUGAUUUUUCUUUGUGUGUUUUUUUAUUAUGUGUCUGCUGUAUGCUCAACCCUGCUUGUUCUUACCUCAUGAACCAAGACUCUGCCAUAGUUAAUGGAGUCUAUUGGUCAGAGGCAUUGAAUAAAGUGUUUGUGGAUAACUUCGAGAAAGACCCAUCACUCAUAUGGCAGUACUUUGGCAGUGCCAAAGGCUUUUUCAGACAGUACCCAGGGAUCAAAUGGAAGCCAGAUGAACAUGGGGUCAUUGCUUUUGACUGCCGUAACAGGAAGUGGUACAUCCAAGCUGCUACCUCCCCAAAGGAUGUGGUAAUUCUGGUUGAUGUUAGCGGAAGCAUGAAAGGCCUCAGACUGACCAUUGCCAGGCAGACGGUGUCCUCAAUACUGGACACUCUUGGAGACGAUGACUUCUUCAACAUCAUUGCGUACAACGAGGAACUGCAUUACGUGGAGCCGUGCCUGAAUGGAACGCUGGUCCAAGCUGAUGUCGCCAACAAAGAUCAUUUCAGGGAGCACCUGGACAAGCUGUUUGCUCAAGGCAUCGGAAUGUUAGACAUAGCGUUAAGUGAGGCUUUCAAUCUUCUCAGUGAGUUCAACGAGACUGGGAGGGGUAGUGAGUGUAGCCAGGCCAUAAUGUUGGUGACAGAUGGAGCAGUGGACACAUAUGAUGCCAUCUUUGCCAAGUACAACUGGCCAGACAGGAAGGUCCGCAUAUUUCCUUACCUGAUUGGUCGAGAGUCAGCUUUUGCAGAUAAUCUCAAAUGGAUGGCAUGUGCUAACAAAGGUUACUUCACUCAAAUAUCCACGCUGGCGGAUGUUCAAGAGAAUGUGAUGGAGUAUCUCCAUGUCCUAAGUCGUCCCAAGGUGAUCGACAGGGAGCAUGACACAGUUUGGACGGAGGCCUACAUUGAUAGCACCCUUCCUCAAGCACAAAAGCUGGACGAUGGUCAAGGUCCAGUUCUGAUGACUACUGUGGCCAUGCCUGUGUUCAGCACAAAGAAUGAGACUAGGAACCAUGGCAUUUUACUCGGGGUCGUCGGGACGGAUGUUCCUGUCUCAGAGCUGCUCAAGACUAUUCCUAAAUACAAGUUGGGGAUUCAUGGCUAUGCAUUUGCAAUCACCAACAAUGGCUACAUUCUCACCCACCCAGAUCUCCGCCCACUUUAUGGUGACGGAAAAAAGCGAAGGAAGCCAAACUACAGCAGUGUGGAUCUGUCAGAGGUAGAAUGGGAGGACAAGGACGACACGCUGAGGAAUGCCAUGGUGAACAGGAAGACGGGGACCUUCUCAAUGGAGGUGAAGAAGAGUGUGGACAAAGGGCGACGUGUACUGGUGUUGCAUAAUGAUUACUACUACACAGACAUCAAGGGCACUCCUUUCAGCCUUGGCGUAGCCCUUUCCAGAGGCCAUGGCAUGUUCUUCUUCAGAGGGAAUGUAACUGUGGAAGAAGGUCUUCAUGACUUAGAGCAUCCUGAUGUAGCACUUGCAGAUGAAUGGACAUACUGCAACACUGAUGAGCACCCAGAACACCGCUACUUGGCCCAAAUUGAGGCAAUCAAACUCUAUCUAAGUGGACAUGAGCCCCAAUUACAAUGUGACAAGGAGUUAAUUCAAGAAGUCCUUUUCGAUGCAGUGGUAACUGCCCCUUUGGAGGCCUACUGGACCAGCUUGGUGCUUAAUAAGUCUGAGAACUCUGACAAAGGAGUUGAGAUUGCCUAUCUGGGUACAAGGACCGGACUGUCCAGAAUCAACCUGUUUGUAGUACCUGAUGAGCUUAUAAACCAAGACUUCCUGACAGCUGAAGACAAAGAGGGGGUGUUCAAUGCCGAUCACUUCCCCCUGUGGUACAAAAGGGCAGCUGAACAAGUUCCUGGCACAUUUGUCUACUCCCUGCCCUUCAACACAGGAUCGGAAAACAAGAGCAUUGUGUUAGCCAGCACAGCCAUUCAGCUCCUGGAUGAGAGGAAGUCACCCAUAGCUGCGGCCGUGGGCAUCCAAAUGAAACUAGAUUUCUUUCAGAGGAAAUUCUGGACAGCCAGCAGACAGUGUGCCGCCCUUGAUGGAAAGUGCUCCAUAAGUUGUGACGAUGAGAACAUUAAUUGUUACCUCAUUGACAACAAUGGCUUCAUUCUGGUGGCAGAAGACUAUACUCUGACGGGGAAUUUUUUUGGAGAAGCAGAGGGAGCGGUAAUGAGCAAGCUUCUGCAAAUGGGCUCUUUUAAGAGGGUGACACUGUAUGACUACCAGGCUCUCUGCUGGGUCUAUUCAGAGAGUAGUGACAGUGGACACACACUGUUGGAUCCUUACUUUGCCUUCCUCUCAGCUGUGAAGUGGAUCCUUACCGAGCUUGUCAUAUUCUUCGUUGAGUUCAACCUGUAUAGCUGGUGGCAAUCUGACAUCACUGCAAAAGCUCAGAGACUGGGCCGAAGCAUGCAGGUACCAUGUGACACAGAGUACCCGGCCUUUGUCUCAGAGAGAACCAUCAAAGAAAACACAGGAAACGUCGACUGUGGUGGCUGCAUCAAGUCCUUUGUGAUCCAGCAGAUUCCCAGCAGCAAUCUCUUCAUGGUGGUGGUGGACAGUAAGUGUGACUGCAGUAUGUUCGAGCCAAUCACCAUGGAUCCUGUUGAAAUCAUGUAUAAUGAGUCUCUGAAGUGUGAGAGACUGAAGAUGCAAAAGGAUAGGAGGCGCCCAGAUACCUGUCACCCGUUUCACCCAGAGGAGAACUCAAUGGAGUGUGGAAGAGCUCAUACUCUCACACCAUCUUUUUCUGCAACACUGAUCUGCAUCCUCCUGGCACUGUUUCCCAGGUGACCAAAGAUGGCUGCGUCCAUCCAUCCAUCCAUACAGAACUUUCCCUUGGAUCAGCUUGGCAUCUAAACAUAUCACAGCAAAGUCACAGAAAAGAAACAAAGAAAAGAACACCAAACACUCCUAGUGUGCCCAUUCCAUCUCACCACCUUUAAAGGUCCUUGCCCUGAGAUACCUCCUGACAACACAUUUUCAUGAAAGGACUGAGAGCUCCUAUGUAGUGUGAUCAGUCAGGUGCUACAACUAUAUUACAUACACAAAGAGCUGCUUCUUUGGUUGUUCAGCUUUAUCAGAUUUUAACGCCAUGAUAAAGUGGUCACUCAAACUGCUUUGUUCAGUCCUUUCAGGUCGUAGCUCAGGGCUUGGGUUGGUGGCUGAGUUCAAAAGUGAGCAUUAAAGCCUCGCAUCACCUAUAAGGAGCAAGACUGGUGCACUUUCCUCUGGUCCACAUGACAUUUUGUGGACAUGUAUUUAUUAUUUGGGAGAUAAAAAAAUGAAGAUAGAAAUUCAAUAUGUGGGUGAGGUUUUAAAGAAAUAAGUCAAAGUAGGUCUAAUCAUUUUUGUUUUUUUAAUAUAAAUAUAAAUUAUAGUAUAUGUACUGUAUAAAUGAAUAAAGAGAUAGUUGAAUUUUUAAUUUCUAAGUGGUACCAAUAAACUGUGACUACAAGAUUUUGAGUCGUCUGAUGUGAGUUGUUUCAUGUUUAAGCUUAACCUUAUUCAAUCAUAUUGGUCCUGUUUGUGUACAUUUUUUAAAUAAAACAUGCUUUAAAAGUGAUCAACAGCUUAAAUAUUAAGUUCAUUUUCCCAAAUUGCACACAUAUUUGUCUAUUUUACAUGUUGUUCUCUGGUCAGCUUUCUAAAUUUCUUUGGUUGAUUUUCGGCCUGCACAUGAUCAGUGCUUGUGCAUACAUCUGGGUUUUGCACUUCUGUCGUUUGUAGACACCUAAGACCAAGAGCCCUAUCACCGACAGAAAGAGCCAUGAAACUAAAACCGAAUCCAAAAGCAACACACAUGCAUUUGUUUGGCAAAUAAACACAAACAAUCCUUUGGUAUUGAUUUUUAGGCCAUAUGUGCACUUGCAUACAAAACGAUUUCAUGCCAUUUUUGUGAAAUUGUCUCUGUGAAAACAAAGUACAAUAAAUAAAAAGCCACAGUUCUGUGAGACUCUGUCACAGGCAACUCAUCUGUGGUUGUCAACAUGAAGGCC